AUGAAGGAUUAUUAUAUGGACAAGAUUAAAAAGAAUAUUAAUGAAAUAAAGAAAUAUCAAAAUAUAAAUAUAUUAGAAAAAACAAAUGAAACUAAUAAUGCAUUUUUUUAUGAAAAUAAAAAUGUUACGUUGAAAUAUAAUGAAGAACAGAAAUAUAAAAAGACAGAGGAUAUAAUCAGUAAUAUAUCAACGGAUAAAAAGGAUAUUAAAAAUAAUAACUGUAAUAAUAUAUCUAAUGAUGAAUAUGUGAGAAUAGAAAAUGGACCUAAAAAUAAUUAUGUCUCAUAUAACAAUAACAAAAUAAUUAAUAAUGAUAAUGAAAAAUAUGACAAUAUAUAUAAUAAUUAUGGAUCCGUCAUACAUAAAUUAAAUGUACAAGAUAUGAAUAAUAUACCUAAUCAAAACUAUAAUAAUAAUGUUGUUAUUUCGACAAAGAAAAAUAAAAAUGAUGUAAUAUAUAAUAUACCAUAUAACACAAAUAGUUUUAUAGAUACAAAACAAAAUAUGAAUAUUAAUAACGAUGUAGGAACAAAAUAUUAUUUGGAUAAUAAUAAAAAUGGAUAUAUUAUGAAUGAAAACAUAAAUUACGAUAUAGAAAAUAAAAUGACAAAUACAUUAAAUGAUAUAAAUAAAUGUGUUCAUGUAAAUCGAAAUGAUUUUUCAUAUUAUCUUAAUAUAAAAGAUGGGAAUAAGAUUGAAGAUGAUAAUGCAACUUAUACACAUUAUAUAAAUAAUUCUAAUAUUCAUCAAUAUGAUAAUACUACUAAUAAUACAUUUUAUAACAAGAAAUGUGAUGAACAAUAUUAUGAUAAGUGUGAAAGUGGAACUCGUAUAAACAAAAUUAAUGAAAAAUAUAUAAAUGAACAUUUUAAUAAUAAUGGAAGUGAUGGAGACAAUAUUUAUUUUCAUAAACUCUUAUCUCAUAAAAAUAGCAAUGAAAAAAAAUAUGUUUUUCAAGAAAAAAUAGAAAAAAGAAAUAAUGAUAAAUAUAAAUAUUGUUAUAAUGAUAAGGAUAAGGAUAUAUCAUCAUAUAUGGUCAAUAAAGAAAAUUAUAAUGGUAAUAAAGAUUUAGAUAUAUUGAAUAAUUAUUAUCAAAUGAAAAAUAACUUACUCAGCAAUAAAAAUAAUAUAUAUAUAAUUAAUAGUAAUAAUCAAAAAAGGGAUUUGAGCUUACAAAAUAAGGAGGAUGAAAAAAUAGACGUAGUAAAAGAAAAUUGCGUACAAACUUUUGAUAAUAAGAAAGAAAAAAAAAAAAUAUAUAUAUACCAACAAUCAUUUAAUAAUAAUAAUAAUAAUAAUAAACAUUUUGAUUUGAACGAAAAUGAAUGUGUACAUAAAAAUGACGAGCAAAUAAUAAGGAGUAUAUAUAUCCAAGAUAAUACACAGCAUAUAUAUAACGAUAUGUGUGAAAAGCAAAUUCAUUAUGAAAUAAAAGAAAAUAAUCAGAAUAAUGUAUUAAUAAAUGAUAAUGCUGUACAUGCAGAAGAAGAUAUAUGUGUAAAAAAUUCAUGUCCAAUAUCUUUAUUAUCAUCACAUGAUAUUAUUCUAUCUAAAAAGGUUAAAGAAUAUUUUUCAGGCUCCGAAAAUAUUAAUUCACAAAGUUAUCAGUGUGAUGAACUUAAAAAGGAAAAUUUUAUAGGAAAACACAUAAUAAAUAAAAACGAAAUUAAUGAUAAUAGACCUAUUGAAUUUGCACAAGUGGAAAAAAAUAAUUUGGAAAAUAAAUAUUUACAUUAUCCAAAUGUUUUUUAUACAAAUGACAAAAUAAAUGAUAAAACUUUACAAGAAGAGGUAAAUGAAAAUUGUAUUAAAAAAAAAAUUAUUUGUGAUAAAAUUAAAGGAAUUGAAAAACUUAAAGAGCCAACAAACUCUAUAUUAUUGAAUAAAUACAAUAAGUAUGAUUUAUGUGAAGAAAAUAAAAUGGGAAAUAAUAACUCACACGUUAUAAAAAAUAUAUAUAACAAAGAAAAAAAAUCUUUUAAUGAAGAAGACAAAGGUAUAAUACAAAAUGAAAAUGCAAAUUUAUAUUAUAAUUAUAAUAAACAAUUUCCAAAUUCAGAAGAAAAUUUCCAUAAUGAACAUAAAAAACAAUAUAAUAUACCAAGAAAUAAUACCUUACGCUUAUUAGAUGAACAAAAAGAAAAUUACCAAAAGAAUGACAAAAAGAAUGACAAAAAAAAUGACAAAAAAGAUAACGAGAAUGAAGAAGAAUGCAAAUUUCCUUCAUUUUCCAAUUUUAUGUCACAUGAAGAAAAAUACAAAAAUGAUAAUAUAAUGCCAUAUAUUAAUAAGGCAUCUAAUGAUUCGGGAAAUUCAAACGAACUAACAAAUUUGAACAAAGGACAAGCUCAUAAGAAUUCUAUAUAUGAAAAGGUUAAUAUAGAUAAUGAUAAGGUAAAAAAGAAAAACUUACAUUCAAUAAAUGAUAAGAAAAUUAAAAUAAAUAAAACUUUUAUGAAUGAAAAGGAUAUGAAAGGAAAUAAUAGAAAAAAAUAUAAUACAGAAAAAAGGGAUAAUAUUAAAAGAAAUGAAAAUGAUAAUGAAAAAAAAAAAUUAUAUAUAAAUGGGAAUAAAAAUAUAUUUUUAUCAAAUAAGAAUUCUGAAAAAGUUCAUUUAGAUAAUUAUGAUGAUAAUAAUUUGGGAAGAAAAAAAAGGAGUUGUACCAUUAAUGAUAAUAUAAAUUUAUCUGAAAAAAAACAAUUAGAAAAAGAAUUGGAUGUAUAUUUAAAAAUUGAGGGAUUCUUAUUAUCAUCAUCAGCUAAGUCAUCGAUAUCUUUACCAUCAAAUUUAUCAAAUACAUAUUGGGGACAAAAAAAUCUAAAUGAAGAAACUAAUUUAUCUAAUGUACUAAAGAAGCAAUUUUCUAGUAAUAAUGAGAGGGAAAGGAGUACAAUAUUGACAACGGAAUAUUCCAACAAAAUUGUAAACUAUGAAAUAUCAUCUAGUAGUAUAGGUACAUAUGAUAAUUAUGAAAUUCAACAAGUAUUUGAUGAAAUGUUAAACAAUAGAUGUACAGAAAGGGAAUAUUCCAAAAAGGUUCAUUUGGAAUAUAUGGACGAUAAGGAUAAUGCAUUUUCUUCAUCGAAUCGUAUGACCGAUAUGUCAAAAAAAAUAAGUAAAAUUUUUAAUAAAAAUGGUAGUAUAAAUGAUAAAAUAAAUGAUAACAACAAGGAAAAUAUAAGAGAUAACAAUAAUGAUAAUACAUAUGACAACAAUAAUGAUAAUACAUAUGACAACAAUAAUGAUAAUACACAUGACAACAAUAAUGAUAAUACAUAUGACAACAAUAAUGAUAAUACAUAUGACAACAAUAAUGAUAAUACAUAUAACAAUAAUCAUUAUAAUAAUAUUAAUAGUAAGAACAGUUGUGAUAAGGUUGUUAAAAAUCAAAAUAAACAAUUAGACCAUUGUAUAUCUAAAAAACAUAAUUCCUUACUUAUAGAUUUAAUGAAGAAAAAGAAUAGAAAAAGAAUGAGAAGUAGUCAAAAUAAUUUUCAAAAAAAACUGGAUAAAGUAUUCGAUUUAGUUGUUCUCCCUAAAUCAGAAAAGGAACGUAAUUUAAUCGAUAAAAUUAUUUACUGUCUAGAUCCUUCAUAUGUAAAUAACACACUGGAUGAAGAGACAAAAUGGAAACAAAAAUUGAAAUAUAUGCAAGAAAAAUUUUUAGAAUCAAUACUUUGUAUAUCUUAUCCAAAUGAUUUGUGGACAGAAUCAACCUUUGAAGCCUAUUUGGAAUCAUUAAAUUUUAAUUCAUUAUUAGAUGAUACAUUUAUAAAAUAUGAAAAAGACCUUAAUAUAAAUUUGUUUCAUCCAGAAGAAGAAAUUUUUUCUGAUCCAGGAAAUAUUGGAGAAGGAGGUUUUGGAAUUGUUACGAAAAUGCGAUUUUUAACAUUCCCUCAAUAUUAUGCUAUAAAAAAAAUAUCAAAAGAUCAUAUAAUAAAAUCUCAAGCAGCUGGACAAGCAUAUUUAGAAGCAAAAUAUCAUUCUGUUUUGAGUCAUGUAAAUAUAAUAAAAAUGUAUGGUUGUAUGCAAGAUGAAGAAUAUAUAUAUCAUGUAUUAGAAUUUUGUUCCAAAGGGAGUAUUUAUUCUAUAUCUAAAAACUUUAAAAAAAGAAGAAUUCCAGAUGAAUUGGCUUAUAAAUAUUUUUGUCAUGUUGUUAAUGGAUUAUAUUAUUUAAAUCAAAUGGGUAUAUUUCAUAGAGAUAUAAAAAUGGAAAAUGUUUUAGUUGAUCAUAAAGAUAAUGCUAAAUUAUCUGAUUUUGGUUUGUCUGCUAUGAUAUUAGGUAAAAAAAGUCAUUCUUCAUUAUGUGGAACACUAGUUUAUUUUUCUCCAGAAAUUACAAGUGGUACUGGAUAUGAUUGGAGAUCUGAUAUUUGGUCACUUGGUGUUUUGUUAUAUGAAAUGUUAGUUGGAGAUGUUCCUUUUGAUGGAACAAAAACUCAAAUAGUUGAAUCCAUAUUUUCAUGUAAUUUGAAAUUCCCAGAUUUUGUAAACCCUUUAGCUAUAGAUUUAAUUAAAAAGACAUUAGUUGUUGACGUAAAUAAAAGAAUAAGACUAUGUGAAUUAUCUUCUGAUCCUUGGAUGCAAGAAAUGUGGAAAUUAAGUUUUCAAAAAAAUUUAAAUACUAACCAAAAUAUUAAUCAUCUUAAAAAGGAAGAUAAAAAUGAUUUUAAUUUCAUAAGUAAUUUAAUAAAAAAACAGUGCUUUAUAAAUAGUAGUUUCAAUGCUUCUUUAAAUUUUGACAAAUUAAAGAAAGGGAAAAAAGCAUACAAACAUUUCAUACAUAGUAAUUCAAAGGAUGAUAUGUAUUCUUUGAUUGUGGAAACACAACAAAGAUUAGCUGAUUAUUUAGAAUUAGAUGAUUCCUAUAUGAGUGACAAAAUUGAUUCUACAUCUGAUACAAUUAGUGAAUACGAUUCCAAUAAGUACACAUCUUCUUUUUAUAAUCUUUCAAAUAAGGAAAAAAAAUCUAAAUCUCUUUCGGGUACAGCUAUAAGAAAUGAAUUUGGGAAGAAAAAUAAAAAUAAGUUAAAUGAAUAUAACACUAUAAGUGAUCCUGUUAUAUGCAAAGUUGUAAAAGAAACACAUCUAAAUAAGUCUUUUAAAAAGAAAGAAGGGGAACUUUUUAAAAACGAAAAAAUAACAGAAUCUAAAGAUUUAAAAAAAAAAAAAAAAAAAAAAAAUGAAUGUGAUAUAACAAAUCGCGAAAAUAUAUAUAAUUCUAUAAAAGAAAAAUUUAGUGACUCCAAUAAAGAUAACACUUUUGUGAACAAAAAUGAUGAUAAAAUAAAAGAUGUUUUAUCGAAUGGAAUGACCAUUAAAUAUAGUGAUACUUAUUCACAAAUAAAUGAUCAAUUGGAUAUUACAAAAAUGGAUACAAUUGAUAAUGACAAUUUUGAAAAAAAACUCAAAGAGAAAAAUCAAAAUGAUUCUAUUGAACCAAAUAAUAUUUAUAUGGAGAAAAAAACAAUUGUAGAUAUGAAAAAUGGAGAUAGCAUUUCAAAUAUAUACAAUAAUAAUUUAAAAAAAGAAGAAGAUAUAAAAGAAAAUGUGGAAGUAUAUAAUAAUAUGAAUGAGAAAAUUUAUUGUGAAAACAUUUUAAAAAAUGGUACUAGCGAAAAACAACAUACACAUAUAAUGGAAAAAACUGAUAAAAACAGUAAUAAGGAAUUAAAAGACGUUUUUGAAAAAAUAGUUGAUACAUCAUGUGAAAAAACAAAUGUAGAUGAUAAUAUUGAUAAGUGUCAUGUAUUAAGAAAUAUUCCAACAUUUUAUAUGUCUUCCUUCUCUGGAUCUUUGGAAAAUAUUAAUAAGAUGACAAAUGAAAAAAUUGAUAUUGAUACGAAAAAUAGUGAAGAGGAUUUAAAAAUGGAAGAAAAAUUAAAAAGAGUGAAUACAAAGGUGAGUACAAAUAAUAAUGAAUAUAUAAUGAAUAAGAUAAAAAGCAAAGAAAUAAAUAAUAAUAAUAUUGAUGAAAAUUUAACGAAUAUAAAAUAUGAAAAAAAUCACAUUAAUAAUGAUGUAUCACAAAAUAAUUCUGUUGAAGAAAUAAAUAAAUCAUAUAUACCAAUCUGUGUUCAUAAAGAAUGUUCAACGGAUUUAAUAAAACAAAAUAAAUGUUCGAAAAUAAAUUUAAAAUUAAAGGAUACUUAUAUUGAUGAGAAGAUAAGAAAAGAUCAACAUGUUGGAGAUUUAAAAUUUACAGAUGGAAAAGGAGAAGAACAAAAGAAUGAUACGCAAAUAAAUUUGAAAAACGAUGAAUUAAUAAAGAUAGCAAAUGUAGAAGAAAAGAAGAAUGAAAAAAAAAAUAAUGAUCAAAACAAGUUAUCAAGUGAUGUGAAUACUGAAAUAUUAAGAAAAUAUAUUUCUGAUGUAAAGAACUAUCUAUUAAUAAAACCAUCUCUUAAUAAAAAUAAUAACAAUAAUAAUAAUAAUAAUAAUAAUAAUAAUAAUAAUGAAUAUAUUAAUGAGGAAAAGAAAGAUAACAUCAAUGAAAAAAAUGACAUAUCCAAAGAUAAGAAAAUACAAAGUAACAAUGAAACACAAAAGGAACCUUUAUUUUCGAAACUAUUGAACAAAGCAUUUGGGAAAAAAUAUACACAUGAAAAAAAUUAUAAAAAUGAUAAUGUUGUUGGAGAUAUACAUAAAUGUAGUGAUUCUCAUAUAUUAUAUAAAGGAAUAGGAGAAUGUAAUAAGAAUGGAAAUAUCAUUAAAGAAUGUGAAAAUAAAAAUGUUGAGAAAAUAGAUGAAAACACAAGUAUGUAUGAUAAAUAUAUCGAAAAAAUAAAUAAAUUAUAUUUGAAUAUAAAAAAUAAGAAAUUUAUAUAUGACCUGGAAAAUAUGAAAAAUGGAGGAUCUGAUGAAAAUUUUAAUAAAUGUAAUGAUAAUAAUCAUAAUAAUACGGAUCAUAUAAUAUGUAACAAUAAUAAUGUUGAUAUGAAUGAAAAUUGUGUGUAUAAAGGUUUGAAUUAUAAAAUGGAUAAAUCUAAAGACCUACAUAAUAAUAAUAAUAAUGAUAACAUUUUAAAUGAAUAUAAUUGUAAUUAUAAUUAUAUACAUGGAUAUAAAGUAGAUACAUCUAAAUGUUAUAAUGAUACGAAUAAGAAAAAUGAAAAGCAUUAUUACAUAAAUAAUCCUUAUUUUCAUGAAGAGACACAUAAUAACAAUAUAAAUAAUUUAUAUAAUUCUAAUGAAUAUCAUAAGAAUGUACAAAAUACAUCUCAAAAGAAUAUCCCCAGAUUAGGGAAUACAUUAUAUAAUAAAUUCAAUUAUGAAAAGUAUAUAGAUGAUAAGUUGGUAGAUUUGGAAGAGAAAAGAAUAUGUAAAGCAAAUUCCUGUUCUUUAUAUAAAGAAAAUAAAAAAAAAGAACAGACAUUAGUAGAAUUAAAACAAGAAAUUGUUGGUGAUAAUAAGUUAAUAAGUAGAACAAGGAUAACACCUGACUUUAUUUCUGUUGACAAAAAAUAUAUGAAUUCCAGUAAUAGCGAUAAUGGAGAUUUUGUUAUUGGACAGAAAAAUAAAUUAAAUUGCAAAAAUGGAGAAGAAGGACAAGAUGAUUAUACAAACAAUUUUAUACUUAGUUCUUCUAAUUCAGAUUUUUCAAAUGAGAGAAAAUAUAAAAAUGCAGAAAAAUAUAAGAGUGUCAAAUCGAACAAUGCACUUUUGAAUAAUAAUUCUAAUGAAUACGUACAAUAUGGAAAAGGAAAUAAACAAAAUAGUUUUAGUUAUAUUGAAAAUAAUAUGAUAAGUAAUAAUAAUAUGGAUAAAUAUGAAAAAAUCGAAUUUAAUAAUAAAAAUAAAAAAGGAUCAUGUAAUAAUGAGAAUAAUAUUAUAUCUUUUAAGCCUUUAUCCUUUAACAAUAAAGUAACAUUUAUGGCAUUGGAAAAUUAUAAUGAUAUGGACAAUAUGCAUAAUGUUAAUAAAAAUGAAAAUAUGUCUGAUAUACAAAUAAACCAUAAAAAUUUAUUCAAUGGAAAUAAAAGAAUAUCGUAUGAAUUAUCCAAUUUAGAGUCAAUAAAAAAAAUAAAUAAAAAUGAUAUCAGUAAUAAUUUGAAUUAUAUUAAAGAACAUUCUCCUUCUUUUAAUUCAACUACGAAAGGAAAUAAACACAGUAGUUUUACAUAUAACGCAAGAAAUAAAGUUAAUAAUGUUGUUAAAAAUAAUAAAAGAAGUGUAUCUACGAAUAGGCGUUAUUUAAUAAUAAAUAAUAAUAAUAAUAAUAAUAAUAAUAUGAAAGUAGGAAAUCCAAACAUGUAUAAAAAAGGUUUAUCCUAUAAAGUUCCACCAUGUAACACUAAUUAUAGAGAACUCAAUAAAAAUAAUCUCCCAAGUGCAACUCAAAAAAGAACGCUUUUAAGGGAUUAUAUAAAGAAUAAUGAUAAAAUGUAUACAAAAGAUAAACAAAAAAUGAAUAUAAAAUGUGAUUUAAAAUAUAACCAGAAAAGUAUUAUAAAAGAGAAACAAAAAAUAAAUAUAAAGCAUAACUUAAAAAGUGAUGCUAAAGGUACUGGAAAAAAAUCGUGUUCUCAUAAAUUACAAAAUGCGGAAAAAAAAUCAAAUGAUAAAAUUAGUAGAAAUAUUAAAGUUUCUAAUUGUUUGAAUAAAAGUUUGAAAGUUAAAAAUUUGAACAAUUUACAAAAAGGUAUUAAUGUAUUACAAAAGAAUGACAAACAUACGGAAAAAGAACAGAACGAUAUUGUCGAUUAUAAAUUGAAUUUAUUAGAUAAUAAAAUAGAUACAUACAAAAAUACAAAGAAGGAAGAAAAUAUUGAUGAGAAAAGUUACCUUAACGAUGAUUCUUCAAUAAUUAAUCGAAAAAUAAAUCAUCAUUAUAAUGAUAAAUCAGCGUUAAAUAAAAAUAAGGAAAUUGAAGUUUAUAAUAAAAGGGAAGAUAAUAAUAUAAAUGAAAAUCAAAAUGAAUAUGAUAAUAAAAAUUUAUUAAUAUAUCAACAAAAUGAUGAUCCAAAUGUAGUACAAGUUGAAAAAACACAAAAUGAUUUCAUAUUAAAUAAUAAAAAAGUUAACAAUACAAUUAUGAAACGACAUAAUUCAAACUCUAUUAAUAUGAAAGAAAAAAUGUCCAGAAUAAAUGAAACUAAAAAUAUAAAUGAAAACAUUAAUAACUCAAAAAAUAUCUCCGAAAUGAGUGAAACAAAUAACAAAAUGGAUAAUAUGGAAACGAGAAAAAAUACUAUUUCUUUGCAAGAUGUGAUUAAAAAUAAUUUAAAUAAUCUACAAAAGAAUAGAAAAAUGUUACUUCCAAACAAUUUAAAAAAUUCAAAAGUAAAACAAUAUUUAAAAAGCAAAAUAGAAAAAAUAAAAAUGCAAAAUGAUUAUAAUUUAUUAUACAAUACCAUGGAUAGUCAAAAUGGUAUUAAUAAAAAAUCUAAAAUUUUAGACAUAUAUAAUAAGGAAUGUAAUUCUAAAGAUAUUUUAAACUUACAAAAUGUUCAUCAUACCAAAAGAUCAACAAGUGAAUUUUUACAAAAUCCCAAUUCAAAAGCAUUUAAUAAUACAAAUCAAGAUUUACAAAAUGUUAAAACGGUAAGAAAUGUAACAUAUACAUCAACUAAUAAUUUGGGACAAAAUAUGAAACCUACCAUUUUACCAACAUAUAUAAACAAAGAUCAGAUACAAAAACAUAAAAGUGAUGAAAGGAAAAAAAAUAUAAUAAGAAAUAAUGAAAAAAUAUCAAGGAGUAAAAGUGAAGGAAUAAAACAUUUAAGGCUUUCUUCUUCAGAUAGUGAUUUAUCGUGUUAUUUAGAUUCUUUUAAAAAUACAUUUCAAGACAAAAUUAAUAAUAUGACAAACAAAAUUAAGGGAGAUGAAAAUCGUGAUGAAAUACCCUUGCAAAAGAUUAAUGGAAAUUAUAUAGAAAAAAAUAUUAUACAAAAGAGGGAAUGUUUCAACAGCAAUAUCAACAAAAAUACAGUUAGUAAUAAUAAAAAUAAAUUUAAUACAAAAAAUAAAUUAUGCACAAAUGUUGAAUCUAAUAAAAACCUAAAUUUUUCUAAUGUAAAAAGUAAGAUAGACACAAAUAUUCAUAAAAAAUCUAAUAAUAUGGAAGAGAAUAUAUUAAAAAAUAAGAAGAAUAGUAAUGUAACGUUUAAUGAAUAUAACAGAAGAACAAAAAGUGCCAAAAUUUUUAAUAAGUCGGAUAGUUUAUUAAAUACAACAAUUAAUACAUACAAAAAUUCUUCUAUAACAAAUAAUAUGAAAAUUUCAAAACAUGUUGUAAAGAAUAAAGUAAUAUCUUCAUCUAAGAGAGAUAAUUCUGUAAAAUUGAAUGCAAAGUUUUCAGAAUAUAAAAGGUCCCCUAUGAAAGGAAAAGAUUCUCUGUACAUAGAAAGUGAGGAUAUAAAAUAUGAAGAAGAAUUACAAAAGAAAUUGUUAUUAUUAAAUAAAGAUGAUACAUAUAAAAAGGAAGAAAAGAAAUAUGCUUCUAAAAAUGAUGAUAAGGAAAAUGUUCACUUGAUUAUUGAAAAUUAUGUUGAUAGGAAUGAUAAAUUAGAUGCUGUUAAAGAAGUUGAAGAAAUGGAUAAGAAUAGAAAAGAAAAUGAUAAUAAAAAAGGAAUAGAUGAUAAUAAAAAAGGAAUAGAUGAUGAUGAAAAGAAAAUAAAUGAUAAUGAAAAGAAAAUAAAUAAUGAUGAAAAAAAAAUAAAUGAUAAUGAAAAGAAAAUAAAUAAUGAUGAAAAAAAAAUAAAUGAUAAUGAAAAGAAAAUAAAUAAUGAUGAAAAAAAAAUAAAUGAUAAUGAAAAGAAAAGGAGUGAUAAUGAAAAGAGAAUAAAUGAUGAUGAAAAAAAAAUAAAUGAUAAUAAUAAUAAUAAAGUAUAUUGUGAUUACAAUAAUAAAGUAUAUUAUAAUAAUAAUAAUUAUAGUGAUGAAAAAUAUAAUGAUAAUUGUGAUUAUUAUUGUAGGGAUGAUACACAUGAACUUGAUAAGCACAAUAAAAACAAUGUUAAAAAUAUACAUUAUACAACUAAUAGGGAUGGUAAUAAUAAUAAUUUGGAAGAAAAAGAUAAAAAGAUGAAUAAUACUCAUGAAAAAUACUAUAAAACUCUACCUAGUCGAACUAAGUAUUAUAAAGAUUCGGAUACGAUAUUUGAUGAAGAAGAAUUAAAUAUCAUUGAAGGACAUAUUAUGAAACAUGUUUCUUUUGAAAAUUUAGAAGGUGUUAUUUCUAGUUCAGAUACAAGAAAUAAUAGUAACAAAAUUAAAAGAAAUUAUACUUUUAGUAAUAUUAGAUAUAAGAAUCAUACAAAGAAUACAUUAAGUGUUGAAAGAAAUUACUCAACUUUACCUAACAUGAAUAUUGAUCAAAUGAAUACUUAUGGAAAAUUACCAAAAGAAGAAAAUAAUAAAAAUUCCACUGCGCAUGUAUUUAUAAAAAAUGGUUAUUAUCUUGAAAAACAAAAUAUAAAGCAAAACAAUAAUACUAAGGAUAUUAUGAAAGAUAAAAAGAAUAUAUGUAAUCAAUCUAUACAAACAUAUUUGAAUGGUGGUAGAAAUUUAAAUAAUAUAAAUAAUAUAAACAAUAUAAAUAAUAUAAGAAAUAAGGAAAAUACCAAAACUACUAUAUCACCUUAUCAAUAUAAUAAACGUUUACAGAGUGAACAAAAUGUUACUAUAAGAAGUAGUUAUAAUCGUCAGAUAAGUCAAACAAUGAAUUCUCAAUACAACAAAAGAAAUAACUCUCAUGUAAAAAAUAAAAAUGUGAUCAAUAUUAUUAGUGCUAAAAUACCAGCUAUGUCAAAUAUUCAAAAAGAUACAUUAUUGACACAAAAUAAGAAUGUGACAAAACCUGUAUCCAAAAAAUAUAUUAGAACAUAUACUCUUAAUACAUAUGGUAUGAAUAAUCUAAGUAAUAAGAGUACUGAAUGCAUGAAACAAAUAAAUAAUACAUAUAACAAUAAUAAUAAUAAUAAUGAGAGGAUAGAAAAAAAUAAUAGUACAUUAUUUAUGGUAAAUCAUCAUAAAAUUCAUUCACUUAACAAUAACACAGAAAAUAUCAAUAUGAUAAAUAAACAGCAAAGAUUAGGUACAGAAUUUAUAAAGUCUAAUAACAGAGAAAAAUUAAAUGGCAACAUCAAUUUAAAAAGAAAUGUUAGUGCUACAAUUUUAAAUAAGACAACAUAA